UGUAGUGUAGAUUCAUGUCAGUACCACGGUGCUUUUUGUACUCCGAGCAAACCGUUUCUAACCAUGUUAACCGCCAACUUUUGGAUAAAUUUAAUUACGCCGUUAACGAUAAUAGUUACGAUCGCCUAUUAUUUCUGUGUGUCGACUUUUAAAAAAUGGGAAAAGCUCAACGUACCGUACAUAAAACCGUUUCCGUUGUUUGGAAACUUUUUGAAUGUAGCUUUAGGAAAAGACCAUCCGUUGGAAUUUUACAACAAAAUCUAUAACGAGUUCGAGGGUCACAAAUAUGGAGGACUGUUUCAUAUGAGGACACCUAUUUUAAUGGUUCGUGAUCCAGAAUUAAUCAACGACGUGCUGAUAAAAGAUUUCUCAUCUUUCCCCGAUCGAGGUAUUUACUCGGAUUUCGUGGCAAAUCCGUUGUCAAACCACUUGUUCCUUAUGCAAAAUCCUCAAUGGAAAAUAAUGAGAAGCAAAUUGUCCCCUGCUUUCACGUCGGGAAAGCUCAAGCUAAUGUACGAUCAGAUCAAAGAGUGUGGUGAAGAAUUGAUGAAAAACAUCGAUAUAUAUUUGAAUAAAAACGGCAACGAAAUAGAAGUAAGAGACAUCAUGGGAAAGUAUUCGACCGAUGUCAUAGGUACUUGCGCUUUUGGGCUCAAGUUGAACGCCAUAAACGAUGACGAAUCUCCAUUUCGUAAGCAUGGAAAAUCGAUAUUCACACCUUCACGAAGAGCGCUUUUCAGGGAAUUGUGUGUGAUGAUUAGUCCUGCACUUUUGAAAGUCGUAGGGUUGAAAGAUUCUCCAUCUGAUGCAGCUGAUUUUUUUCACGCAGCGUUUAAAGAAACAAUUACGUACAGACUUGAAAAUAAAAUAGUCAGACAUGAUAUCGUUAAUUGUUUAAUGCAAGCAAGAAAUGAUUUAGUUUUGAAUAAAGAUUUACCUAAACAUGAAAAAUUUACAGAAUCACAAAUCGUAGCAAACGCAUUUGUAAUGUUUGCCGCCGGUUUUGAAACUGUAUCCACUACUGUAAGUUAUUGUUUAUAUGAAUUAGCAUUAAAUAAACCCAUUCAAGACAGAGUACGCCAAGAGAUUCAAUUUAAAUUGUCCAAAAAUGAAGGACAAAUUAACCAUGGAUUUUUGAUGGAUCUUAAUUACCUUGAUAUGGUUAUAGCAGAAACACUUCGUAUGUACCCUCCACUGAUUAUUUUGUUCAGAAAAGCAUCACAAACAUAUCGAUUACCCGACGAUUCAUUAAUAAUUGAAAAAGACCAAAAAAUAGUAAUUCCAGUGUAUGCAAUGCAUCACGAUAGUAAAUAUUACACGGAGCCUGAAAAGUUUAUUCCAGAAAGAUUUUCAUCUGAAGAAAAAGCCAAACGGCCAAAUGGUAUUUAUCAUCCGUUUGGCGAUGGACCUCGCAUUUGUAUAGGAAAACGUUUCGCAGAGAUGGAAAUGAAAUUGGCUUUAGUUGAAAUGUUAACCAAAUUUGAAGUAAUUCCAUGCGAAAAAACAGAAAUACCUCUAAAAUAUUGUAAUAAAGUUUUCACAUUGAUGCCAAAACAUGGAAUUUGGUUGACUUUUAAAAGAAUUAAUUGAUCAAAGGUUAUAGUAUAAUUAUGAAAUAAAAAAUACUUGUUUUAAUUAAAUCAUAACUGGAGAAUGUUUAA